GCGAAUAUUUAGUAGAUAAGUUUAUGUGAAAUAUAUAUCAUUAUUAGACAGAAAUGAAUUUCAUAUGCGUCAUACUUUUGCUUACUUUACCAACUGUUCUACUUCAGCGAGGUGACAGGCCUAGUCACACAGAUUCCAGAAAGGAAGAAGAGACCUCAACUACCGGUUCAAUGUCAAGUUCAGAGAAUUCUGAUUCGUCCAGUGAUUCUUCUUCCAGUGUGUCCGUAAAUAAGGAGAAUGACUUAGAAUCAUACAUAGUAGUAGGAAAAUCAAAAAUGUUACGCACGUCAGAAAAAGCUGGUAAACUCAAGGCUAAAGGAAAAUUCAGGUCACGUGGGAUAGCUCGUUAUGGAGCAGUGUCUUCCGAAGGUAGCCACUACAAAAUUCAGGGCAAAUUCGAUAAAUACGGUCGGAAAAUACCUAAUAAAUCUAAGUUCAAGACUUUUGGAAAGGAGAAGAAAUACUCCAAGAAGAUAGUUGAUAAUAAAUUUGAUAUUAAGGGUAAAUUGAUUGAAGAGCGUCAACAUCGGAAAACUGGUGAUUAUAAAGCUGUUGGUGAACACGUUCAAUUAAGUUUUGACGGUAAUGCUGAGAAUCGUGGCUCUGCAAAAUAUAAAACUACUGAUUCUUCAAAAAGCGAUGAAACAAGUUCUAGUGAGCAAAAGAAAACUGAGAAAAAAUCAUUGUCAACGGAAUUCGUUUAAUUUUAAUUCCAUAUUCAUUUUUUUUCAUACUUUUAUCAGUUUUCUAAUUAAUAGUGACUUUUGCAAUACGAUCGCAUAAAUAUAUUUUUUUUCACGCAUAGUUCUAUGCCCUUUUUAAAUGUUGACUACCUGCAGUAUUAUCUGGCAUAGUACCUUUAUCGGUAUAGUGGUGUUCUGUCUCAACGUCUCUUGAUUGUGCUCUAUAUUGACUUUUAACUACGAACUUUGAAUAUUCGUUGAACAAAUGAAGUCGUUUUGUAAAUUGUACUGAUAGAUGAGGAGGAGGGCUUUAUAUAAGAAUGAAGAAAGUAUAAAUUGGAAUGUUGCUUAUCUAUUUAAUAAUGGAUUAGACUUAUGAAUUUUUAUUUUUUAUCUAGUCAAACUCUGAUUUGAUGAUAUAUUAAUACGUGGCAACAAAUUUCAUCUGUUCACGGAGGAUAAGAAAUAUGCUUUGACGACUAUAUACUAAUAGGUGACUUUUUCCAAUAAUAGAAUCAAAUUUUAACUCA